GGGAGGGGCGCGCGCCGUUGCAGCUAACACUGAAGCUAGUUAGCAACAAGCGAUGCAAAGCGUCUUCCGUCGGAGCGCAGUCGCUUCGAGGACUAAUGCCGUCUUUGUGUCCUAACCCUCGACAUCACGCUGCAGUGAAGAAGAGCCCACUUGGAUUACUCCCUCCACCCAUGCAGUCUCGGUAGGAAAAGAGGAGUUGGAGAGUGGCGGGCAGGUUCCGUGGACAACACGGCGUACUCACCGAGUGGAAGUAUGGUGGUUCCGGAGAGCUCCAGCGUGGUUCCCCAGCCUGAGAAUGGAAGUCCCACUGGCCUCAUGCAGAGCUCCGAGCCCGGCGAUGAAGAGGGGGUGGAGUUGGAGGAGGUCCGAAAGUUGCAGGAGCUGGUUCGCAGACUGGAGGUUCAGAACGAGACCCUGCGAAACAGAGGAGGCAAGAGUUCCAUCCACCGAGACACGUCCUGCGACCAUAGUUCACCCGUCGGUAUCACCGACCCGCUGACCUGUGAGGAGGCCACGCAGUCACAUCUCAGGUGUGCAGACUUCCAUCUGUCCCCACCUCAGGGCAGUAGCAGCAGUGAAGAGAUGUCCCCUCUCCCUGUGACCAACAGCAUCGAUGAAGAAGAGGAGCUAGAUGUGGACCAAGGUUCAUGUGGAGGAUUUUUAACCUUGACCUGCAGUAACGGAGCACCACACGCCACGGGACAGAGUCAAACACCAGAUACUCCAUCGCAGGAGAGUUAUGAGUCAGAGACACUGGCAGGGAGCGAUUCAGGCAUGGACCAAACUGCGUUGGAUGAGGUGGAUGUCCUGGAUUUGGAGGAUGACUGUGCAGAGGUUGAGGAUGAAGACAGCUGGUUAUAUGUGUCGCCUAAGAAGCAAAUGGCGGAGGCAGGUCCAGAUUCUCCUCUGAAGUGGUGUCGGCAGGUCCUCGAUCACCGCAGUCCGGAAACCGAAUUGGCGUGUCGGACCCUCAUCAGCCGCUUGGACCAGACGUCACGAUGGAGGAACAUGUACAGCAGCCCAUCAGCAGAGGCAGGCUCAGGCCUGAUCUCUCCUGGGUACCACAAAUCAACUAACAAAUCUCUACUAACCUGUGGCAGCUCAGGACUCACAGGUAUGAACUCAGCUUUGAGCUCCCAGUCGUCCAUUGACAGUGAACUCAGUACGUCAGAUGACUCCAUCUCAAUGGGCUAUAAGCUGCAGGACCUGACAGACGUCCAGAUCAUGGCGCGCUUGCAAGAAGAGAGUCUGAGGCAGGACUAUGCGUCCAGCUCUGCCUCUGCGUCCCGGCGCAGCUCCACGACUUCUCUCCAGUCUCUUCGGCGGGGUGGAAACUACAGCGACCAGGAGUUUGACAAUUGCAGUCUAGAAGAUGAGGAGGAUGAGUUCUGCUCGCUGCCCCAGAGGCGGCAGCGUUUCACCCCCUCACCUCUAGGCUCACCCCGGUGCCUCUCACCAUCCACCUCUAACCAUGGCCAGGACUACAAUGGUCGUCUCUGUGCCCCGCGUACGAGAACUCCCAGGCGCUCUCUGCAAGGGCCGAGCGCGGAGCUCCUGAAAUUUGCCAAAAGCGAAGAAGAGUUGAGGCACAGCAUGCCUAACCUGGCCCCCCGCACCAGCCUACGCUCCCUGGAGGCCAUCAGAAACAGCCGCAGCAUGGAGGCUAACCUCCAGAGCUCUGGCAGUCGCAUGUCCCACCUGACUCACCCCCCCUCCACAGGAAUGACUAGUGGUAGACUCCGGAACAGCGGACAGUCGCCCCUCUCCAUGCGAGCGCCAGUCAAAGCGGUCGCACCGGUCGGCACCAUGGGGUCUCGCCAGCCCUCCCGGGGACUUCCCGUAAUCCAAACGCCGACAGCCGGUGGCUCACGGAGGCUGCCGUCCCCAGGCGCAGCCAAUGGUGGAGGCUACAUUCCUGGGAGAGCUUCGACUGGCGGCAGGCCUGGAGUGAGCCGAGGACAAGCUGUGCCGUCCACCCGGAGCAAACUUUCACAGACGCCAAGAAGGUCUCUGGGUGUGUCCAAAGUUUCGGACGAGUCCUGGAGAGAUGGUUGUUACUGAGGCUGAUGAAGAUGGAAGGUUGAUCCAGCGUCUGGCCGUCCUGGCUCCUGCUGACUAGAGUGAAGAGCCACACUGUUUUGGUCCUACUUUUCAAGAUGAAGAUCAAAGUGCACUGGAACUGUAGUCUUGUUUUCCUUGCAAGGAUGGAUCACUGAAAAACCCCUGUCAGGACCAACACAGAGCUUCCAGAUUUAUGUGGAUUUUAGAUGUUUUUUAUUUGUAAAUGUGAUAUACUGCUGGACUGAUUCAGUCUCGUAAUUAUUGCUGUUGACAUGAAGACAAUUUAAGUGAAGAAUUUUGAUGUUUUCUUUUGUGUGUGAAAAUAAUCAUUCACUGAAGGUGCUGGAUUUUGCAUGCUUCAUUUUAUGUCCUUGACUUUUCGGCAAUAUGACAAAUCUUCCAAGUUUAGAAAGAAUAUAUAUUUAGAGUUGUUGUUUUGUGUUUUGGGUCUUUGCUUGCAUCUGCAAGGCACCUCCUGUGGUGCGUGAUGCUGCCCUCCUAAAACCUCCUUAAAAGAUGAUGGUGGUUUGUGCCAAGGUACGUUUGAGCUGAAACACUCCAGAGAUAAUAUGAAGGUACUGUUUUCCAACUGCAUAUUUGGAUGCAUGCAGGCUUCCUGCCGUUGACGGCUGUGUACCCUCAUGCCAUGUGCCUCGACAACGUUGAGUA